AUGAGAAGACGUUUCACAAGUCAAAAGAACACAAACGCAAAAGCAGAGAUUACGGUUGGUUAUAACGUAAAUGAUGAUAAAUCACGAAUUAUUCAAAAUGUUAAAGUUAAUGUUAGCCCCGAAUUAACAAGGUCAGCAACUCAACCAAAUUUAUUAACUCGUGACUUACCGAAGAAUGAGGAGAAUGAAGAAAACCAUGAGAAUGGAGACCCAACCAUUUUAUCUGAACCUGGUAAAGAACCUGUUGAAAUUCCCACUUAUCCAACAUACCCCCCGCCUCUUUCAUCAAACAUCGAGAACCCAUAUAAAAUAGACAUUAAUUCUGAAUUAAUGAAAAUUUACCGUGAUAUAAUAAUUAAUAAUUAUGAUUCAAUAAUAAAUUUAAUUGAUCAAUCCGGUUUAAUUAUUUUACCUUAUGAAUCAUUAAUUCACAUUAUCGCCAUUCUUUGUGAUGUUCAAGAUUCAGACGUUAAGAUUCAAUUUUUCAUAGAUGAUGAGGUUUCAUGCUGCGGAACAGUUGCAAAAAUAAAUCCUAUAAAGGAUAUUAGCACAAUUAAGAUAUCAAAGAACGGAACAACAACUGAACUUCAUUUAACAUAUAAUGAUAUUUAUAAUAAAAUAGUUGAUGAAUAUAAAAUAUCACUUGAAAAAUUCUUUGUUAAGGCUAUUUAA